CAAGCGCUUUCGUUGUUGACCAAAACCUCAUUCCUUGAAGGUUUUAACAUUAGAAGAUCGCUCCGUACUGAAGAAUUCUAUUUCGUUUUAAACGAGUUUUACUUUUAUUUAUUCGAUAAUCUCGAAUUCGAUUGACGUCCAUUGUUAAAAAGUACUUAUUGUAAGAAUAUUGUUAGUAAUGGUUAAAAAUCUUACUUAUAAAGAAAGUAAGGAAAUUUCUUACUUCGUUGGAUCGUAUACUUUGAUUAGCUACUGGCAAUUAUAAAACGUUUGCAGGAGAUUACAUUAACCAGAAUAAAAUUGACUCUUCGUGUUAUAAUUUAUAUAAAAUCAUUAGUUGGAUCGCGUGGUCUGGACUGCUGCUAGUGAGCUUCGUGCUGCUUAUCGCAAUUAGAAAGAAGAAGCCUAGAUUGAUGCUGCCAUGGUUAAUGUGGAUUCCAAUUGUAACUAUUGGAGUUCCUGCUUCGGAAAUCUGUCUUCUAGUCGCCAUUGUCAAAACAUCUAAUAGAAGCACCCACAGAAUUCCAGCUCGGGAGGAGUAGCAUCUGUAAUUGAUGUUCAUUCAUCAGAAGCAUCGAUAUUCUGUGAAAGAUCCAAAUGUUUUUCAAGAGCAUCUGUACAGAGAUAUUCGAAUAAAGUAAUAGGAUAUCGAGGGCUUAUCUGUACUAUUAACUUCUGAAUUAUAUGAAGAGGAAUUUAACCCACCAGUAGCAGAGUGGAUAAAACUAAUGAACAUUGAUAAGAGAAAAACAGAGACAAAAGAAAACCAAAACGGUGUUGAAUUCCACUUAACUCCUAUAAGAGAUACGUGUGAAGUUUGUGGAGAUAACGACGAAGUAUCGAAUCGUUACGGAGCAUUCACGUGCGAUUCGUGUUCCAAAUUUUUUAGAAAAUGUAUAUUGGACGGAAGGAAAAACAUUCAUUGUAUAACUAAAAGUGGAAAAUGUCCGAUCGAUAAAAAGUGGGGUGUUACGACUUGUAGGUUUUGUCUCUUAAACAAAUGCUAUGACGUCGAAAUGGAUUUUAACCUUGUUAGGGUUAAACCGAAGUGUGUCCGUAAGUUAACGGGUGGAUUUGGAUUAUCCGAAAGGCGAAGUAAAUUAUUAGAAAACUCUUCUACGGAAAGCACCGCCAAGUGUUUUCGGGAAAUUGCUACUGAGUAUUUGUUUGAUCGAAAGAAAGCCUGUAUCGAAUGUCUGCAAUACAUGGAACAAUAUUAUUACAAAUGGUUAAACACUUUCCCACGUUUUCACAAUUUAAGUAAAGACAAAAAGGAACUAGUAAGAUCCAGAUCAUCAGUAAAGGGGGCAAUCAUGCAACUGAUCGAACGAUCUCUUUGCGUUUAUCUAAUGCUCAGACUACACAAUUGUUUCCUAUAUACUACAACGACUUCUGAUAAGUUAUUAGCUAUAAUAAAAAGUACACGUGACUUUAGAGAUGACGUAUUGCAUGCCUUAACAGAAUCGGAAGCAACGAAGAUAACCACACUAGAAGCAUUUAACAUUAUGAAACUUCAGUUAACACUGAACGACGACGUAUUGAUACUGAAGAAAGAUUUAGACUUUGCAAGCAACCUUCAAUCUUCUUUUCAGACAUUAAUUAAUACAGUGUCAGAAUUGACAAAUACCAUCAGUUGUUUCAAAAACAGAGAGAAUUUCGAAGCUAUCGAAUCUCUGAAUUUAUUUGAUUAUUCUUCAGACAUUCCCGAAGGAAAGUAUCCUUAUAAUCAAAUUCGAUUUCGUCCUCAACUAUGAAGUCUGUUAAUUUGCAUACGUUGCAACUCGUGUAAUGUUUAUAUGCAAAUUAUAGCACUUUGUUUGUAUUUACUGAGCUGUAUUGAAACCAUGGCUGAAAUCUUCGCUGAUCUUACUUUCUAAAACAAGAUUUUUUUGACAAAAUAUUAAAAUAUAUUUCUAGAAUUUCGGAACAUUUUUUAAAAUUAGAAAAUUAAAUAUUUUUAAUUCCUGAAACUGUAAUUGUUCAGUUCUUUUAUAUCUUUAAAAUAAACGA